GAAGGGUUUUUUUCCGAUGUAAAGAGCUUAAAUGGCUUGUUAAAGUCGGGUCGAAACAUUUCUGGAAAACCUAUGGAAAGAACGUGCGGGUUUUUUCUGCCGCGUAAUGUUUGGGUGAGCCCUCAAGAGAACGCUUAAAGAGCUGUGGAGCUUCAGGAAGGGAAAGCAGACAGAUGCUUGUGAGUGCCCCAUGGCUGCAGCUGCCUCAGUUCAUUCAUUUAUUGCCUAUUGUAACUUGGAAGCAUUCUUUAGGUCAGUUCAUCUUCUGGGACCAGUCCCUGCCUUCUGGUUAAGGAAUCCAUGCACACAUACAGGAUGACUCAACAGUGGGAUGGAUGUUCAGAUACCAGAAGGGUGCUGGUAACUUGACAGGAACUUCCACAUUCUUUGGAGACUGGAUAUGCUGCAUCUGGUCUAUAGCCUGGACUGUGGUUUAGGGGAAUGGUGUCCUUUCUGGUAGUUCUCAGAUGCCAAAACUUCUUUGUGGGAGCCAAAACAACACCCAUGAGGCUCACAGACCUACUGUACGUGAGACCUUUCAGGAAACUGUGCAGUUUGAAUACAUCGGAUCGUUCCGGUACCUGAAACUUUCAUGAUGAAGAGAGCUAGGCAGAAAGUUGUGGUUGAAAAUGAAGCUCCUCAAACAUCACAGAAAAGCAAAAAACAGAAAACUUGUUUAUAUGGCUCACUGUUUGGUGAAUCUGACUCGUGCACCUCAAUGGACUGGGGAAGCCUUCCGCACCCUGUUAUUCUGCGUAUUUUUCAGUUUCUACCUUUAGUAGAUCGAGCCAGGGCAUCUUCUGUUUGUCGAAGGUGGAAUGAAAUUUUUCACAUCCCAGAUCUCUGGAGGAGAUUUGAAUUUGAACUUAGCCAGCCAGCUACUUCUUACUUAAAGUCUACACAUCCUGAUCUCAUUCAGCAGAUUAUCAAGAGGCAUGCUGAUCAUCUGCAGUACGUCAGCUUCAAGGUUGAUAGUAGCACUGAGUCAGCAGAAGCAGCCUGUGACAUCCUUUCUCAGUUGGUGAACUGUUCUAUCAAGACACUGGGUUUGAUUUCUACAGCAAAACCAAGCUUCAUGAAUGUCUCUAAGGCUCAUUUUGCUUCAGCACUGACAGUAGUUUUUGUAAACUCUAAGUCACUAUCAUCAAUCAAGAUAGAUGACACACCACUUGAUGAUCCUUCCCUGAAGGUUCUUGUUGCUAACAAUAGUGAUACUCUAAAACUGCUAAAAAUGAGCAGCUGUCCUCAUGUAUCACCUGCUGGAAUUCUUUGUGUUGCUGACCAGUGUCAUGGACUUAAGGAGCUGGCUUUGAACUACUACAUAUUAAGUGAUGAACUGCUGCUGGCUCUUUCAAGUGAAAAACAUGUUGAUCUUGAACACCUUCGCAUAGACGUUGUGAGUGAAAAUCCUGGACAAGUUGAAUUUCACACUAUUAAAAAGCAAAGCUGGGAUGCUCUCGUUAAACACUCCCCCAAAGUCAACAUUGUGAUGUAUUUCUUCUUAUAUGAAGAAGAAUGUGAUACUUUCUUCAGAGAGGAAACCCCUGUUACACACCUUUACUUUGGUCGUGCAGUAAGCAAAGCAAUGUUAGGUCGUAUCGGCAUGAAUUGCCCAAGGUUAAUUGAGUUGGUUGUGUGUGCUAAUGGACUUCAACCUUUGGAUGACGAACUUAUUCGGAUCGCAGAGCGCUGUAAGAACUUAACAGCAAUGGGACUUGGUGAAUGUGAAGUAACUUGCAGAGGUUUUAUUGAAUUUGUAAAGAUGUGUGGAGGCAGGCUUACCCAGCUUUCUAUAAUGGAGGAGGUACUGAUUCCAGAUAACGAUUAUAGCUUAGAUCGACUUCAUUUAGAAGUCUCCAAACACCUUGGAAGAAUGUGGUUUCCUGAUAUGAUGCCAACGUGGUAAAUUCUCUACAUUUGUGGAUAAAAUGGUAGAAUCGGGGUGUUGCUUUCUAUGCAAAUAAAGAAUUUAAAAACGAAAUAUGAAAACUUCAUUUCCAGAUUUGAGUUUUUCUACCUUGAGAACCUCUAGUAUAACAGCAAAACAUUCUAGAAUGUUAAUGGUAUAUUGAAAUAGAAAAUAGAUUAAGUGUACUUAACACUUCUGAAAGUAUGUCUGUGGUUUACAGGUGCUUCAAACUUCAGUGAACUUGGGCUUCUCUGAGCUUCAGUUUAAAUGUUCCAUUCACGUUAAAGAUUCUUUUUUUCAUGUCUGUGUUUACUCUUUUCAAUGUAGUGAGAAGAGGACUAGAGAACCUCUUUUCCUUUAGCAAAUCUAACUUUAUAGGAAGCUGGAUACAACUUGGAGUUCCGGAAAACCGUAUUCUUUGUCAUGAUGUUUUAUGCAGCUAUUUUUCAAAAUAUUAAUGUUAUAAAUAUAAAAGCUAGUACAUUAAUAUACUUACACUAGCCCAGGUUACUGAAAUAUAAUCUAGCUUAAACUCAUGCCACUAUAUGAAAGUGUUUUGGUAAGUAAGCUUAUGCUUACAAAAAACCAUUGCAGUUUUAAAUUGCACUUUCAAUAGUUUUGUCAGAUUAGCUAAACUGUAUAGACUGCAUUGUACAGUAUGUUGUUUUUCUGUCUUAUGCUUUAAAUGGAUGGGGAAAAGACCUUGUUAAAAUUAAUGAGUUUGGAAGUUUGGUUCUAGAUUGAUUGCUUGGGUGAAUGACAAAGCACUUUGGAAACUGCCAAAGUAUAAGGAAUAGCUUCUGGAUUUGAGAGAGUUAAAGUCUUUGAUUACAGAGAUUUGAUGUCUGAAUGCUGUUCCAUGCUUUCAUUAUUAAGAGGUAAGAAGGAUCUCAUAAACGUGGCUAGUGAGAAGGAAGGAUCAAAUGGAAUACAGUUGUCUUCGAUCACUUUCUGUCUGGAAUCAAGGGUUUAGAGCACUUUAAAAAAAAAAAUAAUAAAAGAUUAUUUGCCAGUUAGAGGCCAAAAUGGCCUGUAGUAAUCUUGCCUGUAUCUCGCAGAGCUGUGCUGUAAGCUCCAAUUUCUAGAGUAAGGAUUUCUGGAGGUGAUCCUGAAAUUUUUAAUUCAGGACUGUUUAAUACUUGUUGCUAUUGGCUUUUGAGGAAGAAAGUUUCAUUUUAUUUCUUUGUUUUCUUUAAAGGGGAAAGGAAUGGUGAGUUGAUGUGAAUUAGAAUAUGUAUUUUUGUGUUGACAUUUUGGAGACUGUAAACUGAAAUGCAUUGUAUACAAAUUUUACUGUAAUUAUUUUCACGCUGUAGUUGUUGUCUUCCUAUUUAUAAUGAGAAGUCUACAUUUGAUUUGCCACAUCAGAUAAAAUGUCAGUUUCUUCCGCACUUACACUUCUUUACUGCAAAAAUAACAGCUAAAGGCUUAAACCACCAUUGUCUUGGACAGACUUGUUUCCAGUUGCAAGCUAAAGGAUUUAAGAUAACAUAUAAUGCCUCUCUGAAUCAGUAAUGCAUUAUUGCCUCUUGAACAGUUAAGAAGCAUCUGACUGGUUGCUAGCACCUGUUACCCAAGCACUUGCUUCCAUAAUUGAGGGGAUUAUAAUUGUCUUUUAAACAAAAGACUGAAAUAUUUCUAAACAGUAUUUGGUUUAAGAUGUGUGGUUUGCUUUAAAUGUAAGUGUAAUAAAGUGAUCUAAUAUGUGCUCUGC